GCGACUUUUUUACCUGCAGUUUCUGCAUCCUCAUCCUCUUUUUUCCACCCUUCUUUUCCCAUUCAAUCUCCGUUGUUUCUCGCGGGUGGUCACGUAGUUAUGCUUGGAUUAGUCCGGGGAGUCAGAUUGUGCGAAUGUUUAUUAUUUAUUCAAGGGAGAUGUUUCAGUCGCGACGGUAUUUGCAUAAAUUAUCGCAAUUUCACGGUGACACCGCUGUCUGGGGACCAUCAGUUAAUCCAGAAAGCAUGCCGGGAGUUUGCAGAGAAGGAACUCAUGCCGGUUGCGGCGAAAAUUGAUCGGGAUAUGCGCUUCCCGCAGGAAUUGAUUGAGAAGCUGGGCACACAGGGGCUGCUCUAUAUGACUGUUGAUCGGCAUUUGGGUGGAGCUGGUCUGGAUAUUUUGUCUCUGUCUCUGGCUGUGGAGGAAAUUGCAAGAGGAUGCUCCGCUACGGGAGCUGUUGUGUCCAUCCACAAUUGCCUGUAUGCCAAUCUCUUGGACAGAUUGGGCACGGAGGAGCAGAAGAAACGCUUCCUAGCUCCAAUGGUCAUGGAUUCAUCACUUGGUGCCUUUGCUCUUAGCGAAUUCAAUGCGGGAUCUGAUGUAGCUGCCAUGAGUACAACAGCUCGUCAGGAGGGCUCAAAGUGGAUCCUCAAGGGGAACAAAGCAUGGGUAACGUCAGCACGUGAAGCAAAGGCAGCCGUUGUCUUUGCUUCCGUCGACAGAAAUCUCAAGCAUGCCGGAUUGGCAGCUUUUAUCGUACCUCUGGACACUCCCGGUGUAACCCUGGGAAGGAAUGAGGAGAAGAUGGGAAUCCGAGGAACAUCCACGUGCACUCUAACCCUGGACAAUGUGGAAAUACCGCAGGAGAAUAUUCUCGGAGAAAUUGGGGAUGGAUUCCGAAUUGCCAUGGAACAGUUAGAUUUAGCCCGGAUUGGUAUUGCUUCCCAGGCUCUUGGCAUCGCUCGAGCAUGCUUGGAUCUCUCAAUUUCCUACGCAACAUCCAGAAUAGCAUUUGGGCAGUCAAUUAUCACGAUGCCAACGGUUAAGACGAGAAUAGCCGAGAUGGGCCUUCGUCUGGAGGCUGCUCAACUCCUAACACGCCGAGCUGCCUUCAUUCACUCCCAACCAGGUGCAAAGACCACAAAAUUCAGCUCAAUGGCCAAAUUAGCAGCCAGCGAAUGCGCAACAUUCAAUUCCCACAAUUGCGUACAAAUUCUCGGUGGAAUGGGGUAUGUGAUGGAUCUUCCGGCUGAACGACUGUACAGGGAUGCCAGGAUCACAGAGAUCUAUGGCGGUGUGAGUGAUAUUCAGCGGCAAAUUGUUGCUGAUCAGGUGAUCAAGGAAUGUAAUUCAGAAUAGAACAAAGAAAAAACUUUCCACUACUGCCUUUCUUUGCCAUGUAAUUCCGUAUGUGAUUGUUUUUCCGGGAAUUUUCAUGAGGAAUGUAGCCUCAGAGGACCCCUAAAAGGUCUAGAAGAAAAAUGAGAAAAAUAAAAGUUUCCCUCUAA